UGCCGUCCCUCCGCCAUGGCCGCCCCGGGGUCGGCGCGGCUCCUCCGGGCCGCCGCCGCCGCCUCCUCCCGGCGCUGGCUCUUCUCCGCCGCCUCGCCGGCAGCCGGGCCGAGGCCGGGCUGCGGCAGCGCUGCCGCUGCCCGAAGGGCAGCGCGGCCGUUCAGCCUCUCUGCCCGGGCGGCGCUCAGCUCAGAAGAUAAAAUAACUGUUCAUUUCAUAAACCGCGACGGUGACAAACUAACAGCCAAGGGAAAACCUGGGGAUUCACUGCUGGAUGUUGUUGUUGACAAUAAUCUAGACAUAGAUGGUUUUGGUGCAUGUGAAGGAACACUAGCCUGUUCAACUUGUCAUUUAAUAUUUGAAGACCACAUAUUUGAGAAACUAGAUGCAAUUACUGAUGAAGAGAUGGACAUGCUGGACCUGGCAUAUGGCCUCACAGAAACAUCACGUUUAGGCUGCCAAAUCUGCUUGAAGAAAUCAAUGAAUGAUAUGACUGUUCGAGUACCAGAAGCUGUGGCUGAUGCUAGACAAUCAGUAGAUAUGAGUAAAAACUCCUAAAAGAAAAUAUCCUAGGGGUUUUAAAGAAGCUUAAUUAUUUUUAUAACUUAUUUUUAAAUGUGUAAUUAAAUAUGGAAACUUACAUAAUUGUGAGUUAUUUUAUAUGACUAUCAAUAUUAGAUUAAUGCUAUUUUAAUUUUCUUUAUAGAACCUCUUAUAUUUUUACGCUUAAAAUGCAAUAAUACUUCUUAUAAGUAAUCAUUGGACUAUAAACAUUAGCAAGUAUAUUACAGAUUUCAUAUAACAUUAUUCUGCCAAAACAUUUAAUGACAUUUAAAAACCGGAUCACUUGUACAGGACUUCUCCUAAAACAAACUGAGCAUUUCUAGGUGGCAAACCUGAAUGUGUAAGAGAAAAGACCCUUGCAUGGGGUCUUUUUGAAGUGUUGCCAUUAAAGAUGGUGUGCUCAGAGCUAGUUAAAAUUCUCAGUAAAUAUGAUACUUUCUCAGUAAACAGUGGAUUUUCAGGUUUUGAAAUCUUAAUGAGAUGUGGCAAAUGUUGUCGUGUGAAAACAGUGCUAAACAAUGAGUUGUAGGAGCUGUGUUACGAUUUAACCAGCAGGCAGCUAAAUGCCACACAGCCAAUUCACUUGCACCCCAUCAUUGCCCACCCCCCUUCCAAAUGGGAUUGGAGGGCGUAGACUUGGGGGAUAAAAAAAGUAACAUUCAAAUGGUGAGAUAAAGACAGUUUAAUAGGACAAACAGAAAGGAAAACAACAGUAAUAAUGACAAAUAAAAUACAUAAAACAAGUGAGGCACAACACAGUUGCCCACCACCUGAUGACUGUUGCCCAGACAGUUUCUGGGCAGUGACCCCUGGCCCACUUUUGCCCCAGCUGAUAUUUUGAGCAUGGCACCAUGUGGUCUGAGACCUCAUGUUGGUCACUUGGGGUCAGCUGUCCUGACUGUGUCUCCUCCCAAUUCCUUAUGCACCACAAGGUGAGGUGAGAAUCUGAAAAGGCCUUGACUUAGUUGUUGCUGUGUUUACAUUAAAGCACCAGUGUGUUAUCAACACCGUUCUGAUUCUAAAUCCAUAACAGCACUGUACCAGGUACUGGGAAGAAAAUCAGCUCUCUCCCAGGUGAAACCAGGACAGGCUGAUGCAGGAUUUUGGCACCUGCAGCUUAACUCUGGCCCAAAUCAGAUGUCAGUAAACCUCAACAAUAGUUACAUUUGACUACACCACAAAUACUGGGAUAGACUGGGCUUAGAACAAUGAGUCCUUGCAGUUGUGUAAUGGGAGAACAUACCCAGUGGAAUUACAAUUUAACCAUCAGAAACUCUUACUGUUCUCUGAAUAUGGCCGAGUUGGGAUUGAACAGGAUGAUGUUUGUCAACAUCCGAUUUGUUCUGAAAUCUUUAUCCCUUUUUAGUUUUGAGCUUGUGCUGGAGGCAGUCUGAUGUUAGCUAGGAUGCUCAGCUUGAAGACAUUGCUUGAUUCUGUGCCUUGCUCUCAGGAUCAUUUCUGUAAUGGUUGAUGCAAAAUGACCAAGUGUAUUUGUUUCAUAAAAAUGGCCUUGGUUCCCCAGAAGGUACAGGGAAAAAUCCUAUGGUGAGAUGGUGACUGCAUUGAUGAUGAAGAGCUUUCAGCUGAAUAUUGGUUUUGUCUUUCUAAAGUAGCCCAAAUAAAACAAUGUUUCUAAGACUAUUCUCUCCAACUUUACAUACUUAUGUGAACUGGUUACUGAUGAAUACUGGUUAUCACCAGUAGUUGUUAACUUUUGAUUUUUGGGGGGCAUUUAUAUAUAUAUAUAUAAAAAUCAUGUUUGUUUACAUUUGAAUGAUCUAAUGCAUUAAUUAAUGCAUUGUUUGAACUGGUAACAAUGACAUCUGGACAUCUUUUAUUGCAUUACUAUAUAUAUGAGGGAGGGAGAAAAAUUAUUUUUCUGGUGUUAAUUAUUGGGAUUAUUUUGAGCUUUGUAAAGAGGAAAAAAAGUUCCUCUUUGUUAUAAGAAUUAAUAUUUUCUAGAACUGUAUUUAAAAUAGAUGUGGGUCAGAUUCUUUUAUUUCUUCUCUUAGUUACUUCAGUUCCUUCUGUUACUUCUCAACUUUGUCCUAAUGCAAGGUAUACUAAUUGUGGUCUGCUCAAAACUUAAUAAUGUAGGAGUUUCAGAAUACAAUUCUGAUGUCAUCUGAUUCCAACUUAAGACUUCAGAAUUAAAGUUUACAGGCUUUAUGAAGGGCAGAGAGAGAAAGGUCAGGGAGAAGGGUGGGCAUAAAUUGAAGAACUGUUCUGAAGAUGCUGCUGUCUUCCUCUUCUGCUGCUGUGACUCUAACCAUGAUUGAGAGGUUGCCGUCACACAGUCAGACAUUAAGGUAAAUCUCACUUUGUAUUGCCUUUGUUCUGAGCACAUUUAUAUACAGUUAUUAAAUCUUGCGGGUUUUGGGUUUUUUGUUGGUUUUUGUUUUGGUUUUUUAUAGGAGACAGCUCAUCAGCUUCCAAGAAAGGGAGCUUGGGUCAUAAUAAGAUGUUUUGUGCAUUUGUACAUCAGAAAGAAAUAUGAGGUUUCAGUAUGCCUGUGAAGUUUAGGGGUAGAUGUUGAUAUUUACUGAGUUUUAGGCUCUUCUUGGUUUUUUGUGUUGGGUUUAUGUUUUUUUUUCAUUGGGUUAUAUGGGUUUUUUUUUUUCAUACAGCACCAGGUACUUCUUGUGGGAUUCUUGAAGUGCUUAACACUGUGCUAAACAAAUGUGGAACAGCUCUCAAGUGAGUUUUCUUUCUAAGCCAAGGUGGUUUUGUUGUGUGUUUCCUGUGACAGCUUCUCAUUACAAAGACUUUGACUCUCCUAUAGUGUGCCUGUGGAAUGAAUUACUCAGCACAGCAAGGCAAAAAAAGGACACUUCAAAUUUCAUUUUGGAUUCUAGAGGUAUCCCAUACUGCAUGCAAAUGGAAAUCUCAGAACACAAAGGAACUGACUUGUAGUCCCCAAAAUGCACAGUUCAGAGAUACUAGUUUAUUGUCAAAAUGAUUUGGAAAUAAAUCUUAUUUUUAACCUCUUUCUGA